CUACCAUGAGGUCCAGUCAUACCCCUAACGCUCCUAAAACCCUCUUGCUCAUGAACUAUAUAUUUGGUCCACUUUUUUCUUUUCCAGAAAUUAUUAAAGUGGGAUUGAGCUACAACCAAAACCCAGAAACUUAAAAAACUCAUUUGGUCCACUAUAAAUAAUAACACCCAUUUAUCUUUCAUCCUUUCUUCUUCCUGCUUCUUUAGGUACUUUUUCCCCCAAAUCAAUUUCAAAUAGUGUCCGUUUCUUAGAAAUACAAGUUCUUAACUGCAUUCUGAGAAAGAUUAAUGGCGGAUAUAAAGGUGAAUCCAAUCAGUAACGCUUUAGGAUUGCUUCGUGUUCGAGUCAAAAGAGGCAUCAAUCUCGCUGUUCGUGAUGUUAAAACAAGCGAUCCUUAUGUUAUUCUUCGUCUCGGUAAACAGAAACUUAAAACGCGUGUCAUCAAGAAGAGUCUAAAUCCCGAAUGGAAUGAAGAUCUAACUCUUUGUGUUACGGAUCCUAAUGAACCAGUUAAAUUGUAUGUGUACGACCACGACACAUUUUCUCUGGAUGACAAAAUGGGAGAUGCGGAGUUUGAAAUAAGACCGUUCCUAGAUGCAGUAAAUAUGCGUCUGGAAGGCCUUCCAAAUGGAACGGUGAUCACAAAAGUAAAACCCAAUAGGAAAAACUGCAUCGCAGAGGAGAGUUGCAUAGUCUGGAACGAAGGCAAGGUAAUUCAAAACAUGUUCCUUAGGCUUCGGAAUGUGGAAUGUGGUGAAAUCGAGCUGCAAUUACAAUGGAUCGAUCUUCCUUCUUCAAAGGCUCUUUAAUACUUAAAUUAUUAGUUAUGUGUUGUAUAUAAAGAACAAACGAACUCUUACUUUAAUGCAUUGCCUUAGAGUAAGAACUAAGAAUAGUAGGAUGCAUCAUUAGGAUGAUACAUUUGCAUCUUUGUUGAGCAUUAUUUAUUCAUAACUUUUGUUUGUCGAACUAUCAAUAUUAUUUUGUGGGGUGAAAUUUAUUGGUAAUUUCUCUGUUCUUUCAA